UCUAAUGUUAACACUGAUUAUGUUGUGACAUGUGGAUGAAUGGUAAAAACUGUAAACAUUAAACAAGAACAAAGUGAAAAAUGCCAAAAAAUAAAGGAGGAGGCGGAGGGGGUAAAGGAGCUAAAGGCGGGGGCGAUGAUGAUUCAUCAAAAAAGCAAGCAAAGGGAGGGAACUCUGUAAAGGUACGACACAUACUGUGUGAGAAGCAAUCUAAAUGCCUAGAGGCUUUAGAAAAAAUCAAAGGAGGAAUGAAGUUUAACGAAGUAGCUGCUCAGUACAGUGAGGAUAAGGCCAGAUCAGGGGGGGACCUGGGAUGGAUGACCAGGGGCAGUAUGGUGGGGCCUUUCCAGGAUGCGGCGUUCGCCCUGCCCACCAGCUCACUAGCCAACCCAGUGUACACUGACCCACCCGUCAAAACCAAAUUUGGUUAUCACAUCAUCAUGGUGGAAGGAAAGAAGUGAAAACUAGAGAACUAUUUUUAUAUCAGUAUAUAUGAAAACCUAUAUGAAUGAUGAGUAAAACUUGAAAAGGAUUUACAUAUGUUAAUGCAGACUUUGUUUAUAUCAUGUUAUUGAUGUUUAUACACAUUAAAAACAUUCAGAUUUAUGUUCUAGUGAUACUUGUUUUGGAGAAUUUAUGUGAUGUUGUAAUUUUCUUAUCUGGUUGAUUAUGUCAUUACCAAUACUCUUGUGAAUUUUUGAGAGAGACAUUUAUGUCCAUACAAUGCAAGACAAUGAAAUAAGUUGACUGAUGUAGGAUGUAAAAAAAAACAUGAUUUUACUUGAUUACAAAUUUUGAGAACAUUAUUCAGAUUGAGAAUGAACUGGGAAACAAUCAAUUUAAUUUCCAUUCCAUUCAAUCAAAGGGGAAUACUAAAUGUAAAUCAAUGAAUGUCUUUAUACAUUAUACCGGGUAUUUACCUGUGUUUGUCUAAUAAACUGUAAUAAAUACCAGUUGUAAAGGAA